AUGAAACCUGCAGCAAAUAAAUGCCAGGGGAAUCAAACAACCAUAACAGAAUUCAUCCUCCUAGGAUUUGGGAAUCUCCCUCAACUGCAAACCCUUCUCUUCCUGCUCUUUCUGGUGAUCUACAUUGUGACCAUGGCCGGGAACAUCCUCAUCAUAGCAGUAGUUGUGGCUGAUCAGCACCUUCACACCCCCAUGUACUUCUUCCUGGGGAACUUGUUCUGCCUGGAGACCUGCUACACCUCCACCAUCCUGCCCAAAGUGCUAGCCAGUCUCCGGACUAGAGACAGAACCAUCUCAUUUAGUGGUUGCAUCACACAAUUCUAUAUCUUUGGUUCUCUGGCAUCUACAGAAUGCCUUCUCUUAUCUGUGAUGUCUUACGAUCGAUAUUUAGCCGUACGCAAGCCAUUACAUUAUGCAGCCUUUUUGAAUGGCAGAUUCUGCCUCCAGUUGACAGCUUGCUCUUGGGUAAGUGGAUUUCUGGCUCCUUUGCCAACGAUGUUACUAAUAUCACAAUUAACAUUCUGUAGCCCCAGUGAAGUUGACCAUUUCUUCUGUGAUUUAAGCCCAAUAAUAAAACUGGCCUGCAGUGACACCUUCAUGCUGGAAAUUUAUGCUUUCGUACUCUGCUCCAUACUUACACUGCCUCCAUUUCUAUUGACAUUGGUAUCUUAUGUUUCCAUCAACACCACCAUCCUGAGAAUCCCUUCCACCACUAGGAGACAGAAGGCCUUUUCCACCUGCUCCUCUCACCUCAUUGUGGUGACAAUUUUCUAUGGGACUCUAGUCAUUGUGUAUCUGCUAUCAGACUCUGAUGCACUGAGGGACCUGAACAAAAAGUUUUCUGUUUUCUAUGGAGUCCUGACCCAGUUGGUCAACCUCCUCAUAUACAGCCUGAGAAACAAGAAGGUGAAGGAAGCCUUGAGGAAAAAAGCCUUGGAUUUUUUUGUCUUUUGCAAGAAAUCAGAUAUUUCUAGCUAA